CAUCACAUUGCUGGCGGUAGUGCCACACGCACACACAUGGGCUCGUCAGCUGCGACGUCGUGCGCUCGGUCGUUCGUCCUGGCAUUGCUGGCGACAUGCCUGCUCUUCGACGGAGCGCUCUGCUUCACAGCGUCGGGCUGGAACAGGGCGUUCGCCACGUUCUACGGCGGCAGUGACGCAUCGGGAACGAUGGGUGGGGCGUGUGGGUACGGGGACCUGUACUCGACGGGGUACGGGACGAACACGGCGGCGCUGAGCACGGCGCUGUUCAACGACGGGGCAUCGUGCGGGCAGUGCUACCGGAUCGCGUGCGACUACCAGGCGGACAAGCGGUUCUGCAUCUCCGGCACGUCGGUGACCAUCACGGCCACCAACCUCUGCCCGCCCAACUACGCGCUGCCCAACGACGCCGGCGGGUGGUGCAACCCGCCGCGGCAGCACUUCGACAUGGCGGAGCCGGCGUGGCUCAAGAUCGGCGUCUACGUCGGCGGCAUCGUGCCGGUGCUCUACCAGCGGGUGCCGUGCGCCAAGCAGGGCGGCGUGAGGUUCACCGUCAACGGCAGGGACUACUUCGAGCUGGUGCUCGUCUCCAACGUCGGCGGCGUUGGCUCCAUCCAGUCGGUGUCCAUCAAGGGGUCCAGGACCGGGUGGAUGGCCAUGUCGCGGAACUGGGGCGUCAACUGGCAGUCCAACGCCUACCUCGACGGCCAGAGCCUCUCGUUCCAGGUCACCAGCAGCGACGGCCAGACGCUCACCUUCCUCAACGUCGCUCCGGCGAGCUGGACCUUCGGCCAGACCUUCUCGACCUCACAGCAGUUCUCUUAACUAAAUUAACUGCGUCUUCAUUUAUAUAUGUGUUUCGUUCGUGUUAAAACCUUAAAUCGAUAUCGAUAUCGGCGUCGGCGUGUAAAGAUUACUGCUAGCUGUUUGCCCACAAAGAUUGGAGCAUGCGUGCACAACUGUUUGGCGAGAUAUAUAUGUGUGAGUUCGGACACCUUUUCGAUCUUCUCAAUGCGAAAAUUGGUGUGUACAGUUUGGUGGUACGUGCUUAGCCAAUGGAUGCAUGGUGGCAUGCAGAUUUGGCAUCCAAUAUACCAUGUUUUUUUUUACUUAAA